AUGCUGACAGCGACAUGGAUGAUCCAAGCACUGCAACAUUGCCGCCACGACGAUUGGCUGUCCUCAUCUCUGGAGAGGGAACCAACCUUCAAGCACUGAUCAAUGCACAAAAUACAUUGUCCCUGCCUAAUACAUGUAUCGUCCUUGUUCUCUCCAAUCGCAAAAAUGCACGUGGCCUGAUACACGCUUCCACCACCUUGCCCCUGAUUCCUACUGCAUACCUCAGCCUUCAGCCAUUCCUUAAAUCAAACCUUGGAAAGACGCUCGAGGACUACAAUGUGGAGGUCGCACACAUCGUGCUACACGCCAAGCCAGAUGCAGUUGUAUGUGCGGGGUUUAUGCACAUCGUGAGCGAGGGGUUCCUGGAUGUGUUUAAGGGGACGCGGAUAUUAGAGGGCAAGGAGGUGCUUGCAAGGGAGGUACCCAUGAUUAACAUUCAUCCAGCAUUAUUUGGGCAGUUUGAUGGGUUUGAGGCAUUUCAGAAGGGGGAGGUGGAUGAGCUGGGCAUCAUGGUGCAUUGUGUGGUAAAAGAAGUUGAUCAUGGGGAGCCAUUGAUUCAGAGAAGGGUAAAAGUAGUGAAGGAGGAAGCAAUAGAGGCUUAUGAGGAGAGACUGCAUAAGGUAGAGUGGGAGAUCAUUGUUGAAGCUACUUGGAUAGUGCUAGAUGAGGUGCAACUGCCCCUGUCAAGCAACAGUUCAAGUUAA